CAGAUAUGUGCAGAUUUUCUUGUAAUUUUGUUACUGACCAAAAUCUUGAUAUCUGAUCAAUAUCCGAUUUUAUAGCUGAAGAGGAGCAGGAAUCGAAUCAUUCUGUGGGGAAGUGGAGCUUCAGUAGCGCAGGCUGGCCCACCAACCAAAGAUACUGGAAAGUACCUCUGUAUACUUCCUUAUCUAUUUAUUAAUGAGGGAGAUCAGGUAUUGUUGGGUUCUCUAAGGUCUCCACAGUGCGUCCUUGUUGACGUUCCCCCAAGCUCUCCUGUCACCUCUCUAAGGAAUCCCCAAAGUCUCCAGAUCGACAGCGUCUCCCAUCUUAUCCUUCACAUCCAGUCCAGUGCAGACCUGAUCCCUGCCAAUAUUGUUUUCAUGGCAUACAUUUCAAGUAUCAUAUAACAGAAUCUUCUUCUUUCGAGUUUGGACCGAGCACCUAUACAUUAUUUGCCUAGGCGCGAUCAAUCAUGGCCUCUCCCCAACCUAAUGGCAAUAACCAUCGUCCGUCGGUCUCGAAUCGCUUCCCUACAGCACCUUCCGUCAUGACGGCAAAUGGGCAUUUUGCCUCGACCGGCGAUAGCCCGGGGAGCGAGAAAUAUGAGCACGGCAUACAGGUGGUAGAUGAGGAUAAGGUCUUUAACCCCAAUCUCAUGAGCUACCUUUCUAUCCAAAAGGUCCUUCCUGCAGGAUUCAAUUACCACUUGAUAUCCGUCUUUGGCUCCCAGUCAACCGGCAAAUCGACGCUUUUGAACCACCUUUUCGGUACCGAAUUCAAUGUCAUGUCUGAAAUGGAACGGCGGCAGACCACCAAAGGAAUCUGGAUGGCUAAAAAUCGGAAAGAACACGCAGAUGAUCAAGCGCGUCGCAUGGCCGAGAAUAUUCUUGUCAUGGAUGUUGAGGGCACUGAUGGCAGAGAGCGCGGAGAGGACCAGGACUUUGAGCGCAAGAGUGCAUUAUUCGCACUUGCAACGAGUGAGGUGUUGAUCGUCAAUAUUUGGGAGCACCAGGUCGGGCUGUACCAAGGAGCGAACAUGGGUCUUUUGAAAACGGUGUUUGAGGUGAACCUGCAGCUUUUCCUAAAAGACAAGACCUCCUCGCCUCGAUCGCUCCUCUUUUUUGUCAUUAGAGACCAUAUCGGGACAACACCAUUGGCAAAUCUACAGGCAACCCUAGUCCAGGACUUGCAGCGCAUCUGGUCUUCGAUCUCCAAGCCCUCAGGCCUCGAGCAAUCCAAGAUUGAAGACUACUUCGAUUUCGCUUUCGCUGCGUUACCCCACAAGAUCCUUCAACCGGAGAAAUUUGUUGACGAGGUAACGAAACUGGGUGCGCGAUUCCGGGAAGGCUACAGAGACCCAAAGAAGGCGGCAUUUCACGACCAAGAGAUUGAUGGUGGGAUCUUCCUACCCGAGUAUCACCGUCGGAUCCCUGCUGAUGGGUUUCCCGUCUACGCCGAGGGCAUUUGGGACCAAAUCGUGAACAACAAAGACUUGGAUUUACCAACUCAGCAAGAGCUGCUUGCACAGUUUCGAUGCGACGAAAUUUCCCGUGAGGUCAUGGUUGCAUUCGACGUCUCAAUUACGCCAUUCGAAACAAAACAAGCCGAUGCGGCACGACUUGGGAAGCAGGAAGCAUUAGUGGGCUUGGGUGAUGCUAUGCGGUCAUCGAGGAUGACGGCAAUCAAGGACUUUGAGACUGAAGCCAGCCGAUACCACAAGGGUGUUUACUCGCUCAAGCGCUCCGAGUUACUAGAAAAGAUUGACACCCGACUAAAGCUUCUUUUCCAUGGCCAUCUUAACGCGUUGCAUAAAGCCGGGGUAGACUCUUUCAGCACAGCAGUCACUAUGUCCGUGAAGAAUGGCCAAAAGAAAGGGACAAAUUAUGACUUUGCUCAGAUUGUGGAGCAAGAGAAGACGGCCGCGCUCAAGGCGUACGAAAAGCAAGCACAAAGCGUUUUGGUAGAAGGCGCAGCCUGGAGCGAGUAUUCUGCCGAAUUAAGUCUUUUCCGAAAGGAGCUGGAUGAUGUGAGCACGCGCCUUCGCAGAGAGGAGAUGCGCCGUCUCGCAGCUCGCGUUGAGAGAUGGGUCAAAUCACGGCUUGCAGAGUCUGUGGGUCUUGAAUUUAACAAAUUAGGAUCUGGCCGUGGAGGUUCUGGCGCUCCAGAAUCUGGAGAAAAGCCAUCUGAGCAGGAUCUCUGGGAUCGCAUCUGGAACGUCUUUACGAGCACUGUUGGCGACGCUGAGACGCGGUUUACCGAACGCGCGGCAAGCUUUGACGCCAGCCCGGAGGAAGUUGAGGUUGGACUCUGGCGGUUGCGGAGAAAAUCAUGGGGAGUGCUGCGUGCAAAGAUUGAUGAAGAAGUCAUGGAGGGGAAUAUUCUUCUAAAGUUGCGUGAGAAUUUUGAGGACAAAUUCCGAUACGACGAAGCGGGAGUGCCUCGCAUCUGGCGACCCACAGAUGACAUUGAGGGCAUCUAUACGAAAGCCCGAGAAUCUACUCUGACGCUCAUUCCACUACUCUCACGAUUCCGUCUUUCCAGCACAUCUGCUCCACCACCAAUCGACGCCUGGAUUGGUAAUGCCCCUGCAUCCGUUACUCCUGCCGAUGAAGAGGACUUGACGCCCAUAGGAGGCGUCGACGAGGAUGAAGGAAAGAGCCUCGAGGAAGAAAUGACAGUCUUGGGCGACGCCAAGAGGCAAGAUCUCAGCGUGCGAUUCAAAAAGAUGGCUGAUGGAGUCUACGUUGAGGCAAAGCGUGGAGCCAUUGGCGGUAUCACGCAGGUGCCCCUAUACUUUUACGGUCUCCUUUUGGCAUUAGGAUGGAAUGAGAUUUGGGCCGUGCUCCGCAAUCCCAUAUAUUUUAUCUUUUUGAUCUUUAUCGGCAUUGGCGCCUACGUAACCUACACGCUGAACCUCUGGGGGCCUAUUCUCCAGAUGACUAAUGCCGCGUCGCAGCAAGCCUUGGAGCUAGGCAAAGACCGAUUACGUGAAUUUUUGGAGUCGUCUGAUACGGGGCGACAAGCAAUGGCCAUGUCGGGCCGGAAAGACGCCGAGUCAAUCGGAAUGGACGAUUUGGACCGCGAUGGCAAGAACCCGUCACAAGAAGCCGCAGAUGAGGAUGAUGACAUCUAAAAUAGUACCUCUUUUUGUACGAAUGUAAUUUAAAUCAACAUCUGUCUUUGAUCAGAUAUGAGUAGGACAUUUGGAAGAUCAGUCUUGUUCAUUUCGUCCUGUUUCAAUGUUUCAUAUAGAAACUGUUGUUUCUUUUGGAUUCGCUUUCUAGUCUCCUCUUGCCAUAUUAGCUCGAGAUCGGAAUGUAUUAACUUCCAUGGACAUAUCUCUCCUGGAUUCCAAUUGGCCACU